UACUGACCGGAUGCGAUGAUUGAGCAAACAAGAUUUCCAAUUUUCGAAAUGCCUACCUUGCCAAUACUUUUUGUUUACUAUACUUUCAGGUCCAUAUAUCGACUGUUGGCCAUGACGAGAUGAGGGUGACAUGGAUCACUGAAGACGAUGCACCGGCAGUCGUGGAGUACGGCAUGACAUCAGGCCAGUACCCAUUUUCAGCGACCGGAACCACCACGAGCUACUCGUACCUAGCCCUCUACCGGUCGGGGAACAUCCACGACGCCGUCGUCGGCCCACUGAAACCCAGCACAACGUACUACUACCGGUGCAGCUCCGAUCCGUCGCGCGAGUUCUCCUUCCGGACGCCGCCGGCCAGCCUCCCCUUCACCUUCGUCGUCGUCGGUGACCUCGGCCAGACCGGCUGGACCAAGAGCACGCUGCAGCACAUCGCGGCCGCCGACUACGACAUGCUCCUCCUUCCCGGCGACCUGUCGUACGCCGACUUCCUCCAGCCGCGCUGGGACUCGUACGGCCGGCUCGUCGAGCCGCUGGCGAGCGCGCGGCCGUGGAUGGUGACCGAGGGCAACCACGAGAUCGAGAGGAUCCCGCUCCUCGAGCCGCGUGCCUUCAAGGCCUACAACGCGCGGUGGCGCGUGCCGUACGACGCCGGCGACUCCCCGUCGGGGUCGAACCUCUACUACUCCUUCGACGUCGCGGGCGGCAUGGUGCAUGUCGUCAUGCUAGGCUCGUACGCGGGCUUCGAGGCCGGCACGGCGCAGCACGAGUGGCUGCGGGGCGACCUCGCCAGGAUCGACCGCGGCAGGACGCCGUUCGUGGUGGCGCUGGUGCACGCGCCGUGGUACAACAGCAACAAGGCGCACCAGGGGGAGGGCGACGACAUGCGGGACGCCAUGGAGGCGCUGCUCCGCGCCGCGCGCGUGGACGCGGUGUUCGCGGGGCACGUGCACGCGUACGAGAGGUUCACGCGCGUCUACGGCGGCAUGGAGGACCAGUGCGGGCCGGUGUACGUGACCAUCGGAGACGGCGGGAACCGGGAAGGGCUGGCGGACGAGUAUAUCGACCCACAGCCCAAGACGUCGGUGUUCCGGGAAGCCAGCUUCGGGCACGGCAGGCUGCAGGUGGUGAAUGCGACACACGCGCUGUGGACGUGGCACCGGAACGACGACGACCAGCCGGUGGUGGCCGACCAGGUGUGGAUCACAAGUCUCGCUUCUAACCCGGAUUGUAACAAUCGAGCGGGAGCGGGGGCUCAGGCCUGAAGCAUUUAAACUGAGUAAAUAGCAUAAAACUACUAGUUUACAGGCUAUGGUUUCAAAAAACUACCACUUUUUAAUUUUUCUCAGAUAACUGCCAAAUCAGGGGUUGGCUGUUUCAAAAAACCCCAAAUUCUCUUUGUUAAAAAAUUAAACAUGUUUAUGACAGCUCGGGCCCGCCACUAAACACACUGUUUGGUUGACCAUUUGUUUGACCGUUAACUGACUUGUGGGGGCCACAUGUCAGCGCCUCAUUCAUAGAUUUUUUACGGAUUAGCCCUUACAAACAUUUAAAAAAGCAAUCGAGUCCCUGGAAUCAUGCCAGCCCACGCCGCCGCGCAGAGCCACGUUCGUUGCCUCCUUCCGCACUGAGGCCCGCCACGCCGCCACCACCUCCAAUCGGCGCCGCGGGAUAGAGCACAUCGAGCCCCGCCUCCGCGCCGAGGCCGGCCAUGCUGCCACCACCUCCAGCCAGUGCCACCGGACGGAGCUGGUCGAGCUGCUCCACCCACCUCGAGCCAGCGCGAGGAAGAGGGAAGGAAGAGAGGCCGCGUGGCGAGGAGCUUACGGCGGUUACCGGCGCGGCUCGCCGGCUAGAGGAGGCGGUGGCCGGCAAGGAGCUUCGCCUGGACCCUCGCCCGCCUGGAGAAGCCCCGCCUUCGCGCCCUUCCGCCUGGCCCGCGACCUGGCAUGCGACCUUGCCGGGCCGUCUCCUUCCCUGACCCGCGACCUGGCUGCCGGCGAGAGCUCCACACGAUAGCUGAUGGCCAGCGAGCAUGGUUGCGGGCGCCCCGCUCGUCUCGAUCUGGAGCACAGCCACGGGAAGGACCCGAUUGCCUUUUUAAUUUUUUGGGGCUCGAAGUGGCAUAGGGCGGCGGCCGGACGUGGCACAGGACGACAGCGUGGAGUGUGGUCGGCGGCCAUGGCGGUUCUGUGCUGUUCUUGACGAGCAGGGAGAGUGGAGGAGAAGGGAGGCAGAGAGGAGAAGAGGAAGAUAAGAAGAGACACUGACAUGUGGGCCCCACAUGUCAGUUAACGGUCAAACUAACGCUUUGUUUAGGUGUGGACCUGACCUGUCAUAAUCGUGAUCAGUUGAUAAGCACUCAGCGGUUUGGUUUUUUUGAAACAGCCAACCCCUGACUUGAUAGUUAUCUGAGAAAAAUUAAAAAGUGGUAGUUUUUUGGAACC